AUGCGUAUUGACGCAAUUUUAUUCGUCAUAGUGUUUACCAUAAAAUUACAAUUUGUGUUGACGGACUUUUAUUCCUCUAUAUUUACAUUGACGAAACUUUCUGAAAACGAAUCAAGACUUGUUACAGCCCUUCGGAGAUUUAUAGCAGCACAGGAGACUGAGGGCCAAAGUGUAGACGGAUUUCUUAUAGAGUUUCUAAAAACAACGGAAAAGACUGUUGAAGAUGCUAAACCCAUACAUAGCCCGAUAGAUGCCUUCCAUUUACUGAAAAGAUGGGUUGACGACUGGGAGAAAUGUUUCGACAUUGCAUUGUGUUCAGAAUGCGAAAUUGAUGAACCAGAAAUAGAAUUUAAUACAAGUCGGAGUAUGGUUGAGAGUCGUCUUGGCGGAUGGCCACAGCAGAGUGAUUUGGAUGCUACGGUUGACGCCAUAUUCCGUCUUUGGGAUGUGUAUGAAUUCGAUUUGCGUGAUUUUUUACGCGGGAAGAUAUUCAAGUAUCAAACUGAACCGUUGACCCCGUUGGAGGUCAUUUCCAUUGCUAACAAAGCAGAAGAUGCAAAGAACAGUUAUAAUUCAAUAAAAUUCCUAGAAGCUUUGUUGCAUGACAUUGAAGACGGAGCCUUGCCUGAUAGCCCCGUGGGUACAACACAAUUGGCUAGAAUGAUCGCCUCUGCCUAUAACAGGAACAACAUGCCAUGGAAGUCGGUAGAUCUUUUGAAGGAACGUGCAAAAGAAGAACCAGAAAAUAAAAGACUCCAGAAUGAUUUUAAGUACUUUGAAUCUCGAGCAAAUAGCAUAGUCGAAAAUGUGACGGUGUUAGAAAAACCCAAUACAAAUAUUAUUUUGCUGAUGGCAUUCACGAGGAUCUUUUACGAGGAGGAAAUGAUUAGGAAAUAUAAAGCUUUAUGUAGAAAGAAUUUGAAGAGUCAAAAAGCUUUAUCCAAGCUGUUUUGCUUCUACAAGACGACUGCUAUUCCAAUAUUCCUCGUAAAAGCUGAGUUGGCGAAUAUAAAACCAAAUAUAUAUUUAUUUCAUGACGUAAUAUCUGACAACGAAAUCACCUUUUUACAGAAUACUAGCAGCGAAAUGUUGACAAGGUCUACAGUUCUUCAAGACAACCAUAAAGGAACCAUGACCGAAGCUGAAAACAGAAUAAGUAGGACGUGAGUUUAGCUGCUAACAUAUAAAGCUUUGAAUGAAUAU